AUCCAUUUCCUCAUCUCCUCCUCUUCGUCGAUCUUCCAAUAAAUACCCAUAAAACCAGCAGCAGCGCUCACUCUCAUUUCUCUCUCUCUCUCUCUCUUAUAAUAAAAAAACUGCAGGCGGGCGGCGAUGGGGUCGACAGCGAUCAGAAGAGGGUUGAAUGCUCUGCUUGUAGCCGCAGUUUUAGGGGAGCAGUUGCAGACGUGUUUGUGUUUAUCAAACAUUAACAGAGCAAGCUUCCCUGAGGGUUUUGUUUUCGGAACUGCUUCCUCUGCUUUCCAGUAUGAAGGAGCGGUAAAAGAGGAUGGCAGAGGACCCACGGUGUGGGACAAAUUUUCACAUACCUUUGGUAAGGUACUUGAUUUUAGCAAUGCCGAUGUUGCUGUUGAUCAAUACCAUCGUUAUCCAGAAGACAUAGAGCUUAUGAAGAGCAUGGGGAUGGAUGCCUACAGGUUCUCAAUUGCUUGGUCAAGGAUUUUACCAAACGGAACUGGGGAAAUAAACCAAGCAGGAGUGGAUCACUACAAUGCUCUCAUCAAUGCUUUACUAGCCAAAGGAAUUGAACCAUAUGUGACCCUUUACCAUUGGGACCUCCCCCGAGCCUUAGAGGACAAGUACAAAGGACUGCUCGAUCCCCAAUUCGUAAAGGACUAUGCGGUGUAUGCCGAGACCUGCUUCCAGAAAUUUGGAGAUAGGGUGAAGCACUGGAUCACAUUCAAUGAGCCACAUACAGUAGUGACACAAGGCUAUGAUGUGGGUCUCCAGGCUCCCGGCCGCUGCUCUAUUCUUCUUCACCUUUUCUGCCGAGCUGGAAAUUCUGCAACCGAACCUUACAUUGUGGGGCACCAUAUUCUCCUUGCUCAUGCUACCGCAGCAAAUAUUUACAGGCAAAAAUACAAGGAAAAACAAGGUGGAGCAUUAAUGAUAGCGUUUGAUGUGAUCUGGUACGAACCAGCAACAAACUCAACAAAGGACAUUGAAGCAACACAAAGAGCACAGGACUUUCAGCUUGGCUGGUUUCUCCACCCUCUGAUCUAUGGGGACUACCCCAGCUCCAUGAGAACUCGGGUGGGAAGCCGGUUGCCGACAUUUUCCAAAGCCGAGGGUGCUCUUCUAGAGGGGUCUCUGGACUUUGUAGGCAUAAAUCACUACACUACAUUCUAUGUGCGGGCCAAUUCUACUAAUGUAAUUGGUGACUUACUUCACGAUGCUUUGUCAGACUCUGGCGCCAUCGCCCUCCCAUGGGGAAAAGGCAAAAUUGUAGGAGAAAGGGCAAAUUCUAUAUGGUUGUACAUUGUACCUCAAGGGAUGAGAAGCUUAAUGAAUUACAUAAAGCAAAAUUAUGGAAACCCACCUGUCAUUAUCACCGAAAAUGGGAUGGAUGAUCCAAAUAGCAUAUUUAUCUCCGUUAAAGAUGCUCUGAAGGAUGAAAAAAGGAUCAGAUAUCACGAUGGCUAUCUUUCCAGCUUGCUAGCUUCGAUCAAAGAAGAUGGAUGCAAUGUUAAGGGGUAUUUUAUGUGGUCACUAUUGGAUAACUGGGAGUGGGCAGCUGGUUACACUUCCAGGUUUGGAUUGUAUUUUGUGGAUUACAGAGACCAACUCAAGAGAUACCCGAAGAACUCUGUUCAAUGGUUCAAGAAUUUCCUCAACUCUACUCAACAAUAGGAGAGGAGAGGUACUUCAACUUCAACUGCAAAAAAUUUGACACUGGAAGAAGGCAUUGAAACACUACACGACAUGGGGAACCAAUGCACAAGGGGUGUUACUCCCGGUGCUUGCUCUUUCACUGCCAAGGCCCCUUAAUUGUUGUAAUAAUAAUGAUCUUCAUGCAAUGUUGAUUUAAGAUGAAAACGUGUCUGCAUCAAUGUGGUUUAACCAUGUUUCUCUUUUGGUGGAAGCAUCUCUUUUUUUUGGGGGGUUAAUUCAUUGGAGCCUAUUGGGUUUAGAUUACACAAUGUGACAUAGUCCACCCCUCCUCAUGUUACUCCACCAUAUCUGUCAAUAAUAUUGUAGCUGAAUACAGAGAGAUUGGCACAAA